UAGUAAUGUUCAGACCGAACCCGUCGCCCGCCGCGCGAGGACACUAGCCCAGCAGACCCUUUCUCAGGUCGACGAACCCAAACGAAACCCAAGUGGCGCCACAGCUGAUUUUCCCUCUCGAAACGCAGCAGCAACAGCAGCAGCAUGGAGACGCAACAGGACAAAAGUCUUAUAACGACUUCCUUCAACGACAAGGGAGGAACGUUCAAGACCGUCAUCGUACCAUCUGGUGAACAUUCAAAGCGUGAGAUCCGGCCACUGAUGGAUAAAAAGGCUAACCUGGAACUGGGCGGCGCCCAGGAAGACUACGACCCUUUCAAGGAGCGCGUCCUCGAACAUCCCACCUCAAAUGCCGACACCCUGAUCCACCUGCUCAAAGGCAGCUUGGGAACCGGCAUCCUGGCCAUGCCAAUGGCCUUCCUGAACGCGGGUUUAGCGUUCGGCUUGGUGGCCACCUUCGCCAUCGGCUUCAUCUGCACGUACUGCGUGCACGUGCUGGUCAAAUGCGCCCACGAGCUGUGUCGGAGAACGCGGACGCCGGCCCUCGGCUUCGCUCAGGUGGCCGAGGUCGCUUUCAAGAAUGGACCCCCGCAGCUGAGGAAGUUCUCUUCCAUCGCCAGGUCAACCAUCAACUCCUUCCUGGUCGUUGAUCUUCUUGGCUGCUGUUGCGUCUACAUCGUUUUCGUGGCAACCAACGUCAAGCAGGUUGCUGACCACUACUGGCAGCUCAACUGGGACAUCCGCAUCUACAUGGUGUGCCUGCUACUUCCGCUGAUCUUCCUCAACCUCAUUCGCAACCUGAAGCUCAUGGCUCCUUUCUCAAUGAUCGCUAACCUCCUGAUGGCCACCGGUAUGGGCAUUACCUUCUACUACAUCUUCCAGGAUGUGCCAAGCCCGUCCUCCAGGCCGAUGUUCUCCUCCGUUCACCAACUCCCACUCUUCUUCGGCACCGUCAUCUUCGCUCUUGAGGGCAUUGGUGUGGUCAUGCCCUUGGAGAACAACAUGAAGACUCCCCAGCACUUCAUCGGCUGCCCCGGCGUCCUGAACAUCGGCAUGACCGUCGUUGUUGCUUUGUACAGCGCCGUCGGGUUCUUUGGAUACCUGAAAUACGGCGAACUGACUCAGGGUUCCAUCACCCUGAACCUUCCCACCGAGGAAGUUCUGGCGCAAUCCGUCAAACUCAUGAUCGCUGUCGCUAUCUUCCUGACCUACGCCCUGCAAUUCUACGUGCCGUUCGAGAUCAUCUGGAACAGGGUGAAGCCCCUUUGCAAGGAAAACGCAACCACAGCUGAAUACGCGCUGAGGAUAGUCCUCGUCAUCGGCACAGUUGCAAUCGCCGCCGCCAUUCCCAACCUUGGCCCCUUCAUCUCUUUGGUCGGUGCUGUGUGCCUCUCGACCCUUGGACUCAUGUUCCCCGCCAUUAUCGAAGUCGUCACUUUCUGGGAGCAGUCGGCUGGUGGACCCAGUGCGAGCGGCCCCAGGUGGCGGUUGGCCAAGAAUGUUGCGAUUUUGGCAUUUGGCCUGCUCGGCUUCGUGACCGGCACCUACACAAGUAUUGAAGAAAUCAUCGCUGGCUUCGGAGAGGAGCAUUGAGUCAAGAAACCAACUAACUCUCUGCUGGCGCGAGUCGUGUGUAAAUUUUUUUUGGAGAAAAUGCAGUAUUUUAUUCACCAGGGAGUGAUCUGACCGUAGCACGUUUGUAGUGCAAGUACCUUAUUACUUAUUUUGCGUAGUGUCGACUUUUUUAAUUUAUGGCCGUUAGAAAUUCGCAAUUCUAGCUGUUAAGGUUUAAUUUUUAGAAGACAUUUUUGUACGUUUCUGACAGCGGAAUUUCGGUGAACGGUCUCUACCGGUUAGAAAAUUAAAUGGUCUGAGUGUAUUUUAACUUCUUUUGCAACUACGCGGCAACAACUCUGUGAACAUUCUGUGUUAAGGCUAAAUAUAUAGUAUUCAAAGCGUAGAACGAUGAUAAAUUGUAGUGUUAAGAGCCGGAAAUAACCAAGUGAUACGAGUAGUUAGAUUAUUCUUCGUGCCUAACACGCAGGUCGAGCGUUUUACAACGGCAUCAUAGAUAGAGAUUGAAAAACUUGGUGAUAGUUCUGUCAAUUAUUGUCAGCGUGAAUUGCGCCUAUCGUCUCUAGUGUUAAAAAUAUAGUGUAAUCAAAACCUUCGCCACUCUAAAAUCCUCGAGGUCGCUUUGGUUGUGUACCCACAGUACAUUAAACUACGCAUUUUGCUCAUUUUAUAUACACUUUGUGUAUAUUGAAUCAUAUUUUUUCGAGGCGAUGAACAAAAGCACUAAAAGCACCCUUUUUGGUGCAACAAGUUGCAUUUAAAUGCAAACGACGCGCUAUUAUAAAAUACUUCAUAUACUUCACGAUUUUAUUUUGUAACUGACCAGACUUUUACGACGAUGUCAAUUAGUGAAAAAUUAUAUUCAUGCCUGAAAAUAAAGAAGAACCUCGUUCAAAUUCGAAAUUAAAA